UUUCGGUGAGAAGCAGGUUGUUAGAGACAGACAGACCCACAUGGCAGGAGCAGAGACCCCAGCCUCUCCCACGGCGGAGGGCAGGCUGGCGGAGGAGUUCGCCGUCCCGUCCCAGGUGGAGGCGGUGAGGGCACAGAUGGCGGAGUUCGCCCAGCGGCACGGCUCGGCAGGCCGCAGGGUGGUUCUCAUCACCUCCGGGGGCACCAAGGUGCCGCUGGAGUCCCGCACCGUGCGCUUCCUGGACAACUUCAGCAGCGGGCGGCGGGGUGCCACCUCCGCCGAGCACUUCCUGGACUCGGGCUACGCCGUCAUCUUCCUGCACCGGCACCGUUCCCUGUACCCCUACGCCCGCCUCUACGCCGGAGUGAACCUGCUGGAUGCCCUGCGGGUGGAGGGGGAGGGUGAGGGCGACUCAGGCCAGGUCACGGUGGACCAGGGGGCGCUGCCUGGCAUCGCCGCCGUGCUGAAGCGCUACGCCGCAGUGAAGGAGGCAGGGCUUCUGCUGCCGGUGGAGUUCAGCACACUGUCGGAGUACCUGCACCUGCUGAAGGCGGCCGCCCAGGCUCUUAGCUCCAUAGGGUCCAGCGCCAUGUUCUACCUCGCGGCUGCCGUGUCGGAUUUCUACAUCCCAGCGUCCGAAAUGCCAGAACACAAGAUCCAGUCGUCUAACGGCCCCCUGCAGAUCAGUAUGAAGAUGGUGCCGAAGAUGCUGUCCCCGCUGGUGAAGGACUGGGCCCCGGAGGCCUUCGUCAUCUCCUUCAAGCUGGAGACGGACGCCUCCAUCCUGCUGGAGCGAGCCCGCCGCGCCCUGGACACCUACAGGCACCAGGCAGUGGUGGCCAACGUCCUGGACACGCGGCGCGGCUAUGUGGUGGUUGUGACGCCCAGCACGCGGGACGAGCUGACCCUCACCGAGGACGACAUCCACAGGGGGGUGGAGAUCGAAGAGAGGAUAGUCAGCAAGCUGUCUGCCGCGCACGGUGAAUUCAUCGCCAGACCCCGCUAAGGCACACCUGCUUCUCCUCCCAGCAAGGUGGAGACGCUGGGCUCCUCCCCCUCCCUCUGAGACUGAGGGGGCGGGGCACCAGAGGCCACCAAAGGUCUGGCUGGACAGAUGUUAACCCUGCGUGUCCCAGGUCUGAGCUCUGGCCUUUGCCUUUACUGAAACCUACUGUGAUGGAGGAGAGACUUCAGGAACUCCCUUAUGGGCAGAGCAUCCAAUCACUGAGUAACGAGAAGGAAUAAUGGUUUUUCGCAGCAUCACACUCUGCCCCAGAUCAGCCAGUCACUGACUGCAUGGUGAAUCUGCUCACCCUGGGGUUCCUGAAAUCUCACUGCUCCAUCACGGCUUCUUACAGCUUCAUCUCUCUGACUGAUGCAAAUAUACAUGUUCAAAAAGUAGAUAACGGUACAGCUGGACACACAGUCAUCUUGAGUUUGAGAAAAUCUUUGCCAUGUACUUGUAGUCAUGCUUAGGCAACAUGUGGAGAUGCUACAGAUUCUCUGUAGCUAUGUAUUUAGUUGCAAGAGCAACACAACAUAGGAACUUUCCAAUAAAUGA